AUGAGCGCGUCCAGGUUCAUUAAGUGCGUGACUGUCGGCGACGGAGCCGUUGGCAAAACUUGUAUGCUUAUUUCCUACACCAGCAAUACUUUCCCUACGGACUAUGUACCUACUGUUUUUGACAACUUCAGUGCGAAUGUGGUUGUGGAUGGAAACACUGUCAACUUAGGAUUAUGGGAUACAGCUGGUCAAGAGGAUUACAAUAGAUUAAGACCUUUGAGUUAUCGAGGGGCAGAUGUCUUUAUUCUUGCAUUCUCUUUAAUCAGCAAGGCCAGCUAUGAAAAUGUUGCCAAAAAGUGGAUUCCAGAACUGAGGCAUUAUGCACCCGGGGUUCCAAUUAUUCUUGUUGGAACAAAACUUGAUCUUCGGGAAGACAAGCAGUUCUUUGUUGACCAUCCUGGUGCAGUGCCAAUUACUACUGCUCAGGGAGAGGAACUGAAAAAACUUAUUGGAGCUCCUUUCUACAUUGAAUGUAGUUCGAAAACGCAGCAGAAUGUGAAGGGGGUUUUUGAUGCAGCCAUUAAGGUGGUGCUCCAGCCUCCAAAGCAAAAGAAGAAGAAGAAAAAGGGGCAGAAGGCGUGCUCCAUAUUGUAA